GAGAGUCUGGGUGCACUCGAUCCCAAGCACCUGCAGGAUGUAAACAAUGGAGGGCACGGGAGCUAUUGAACCAAAAACACAUGAAAACAGGCGUUGAUAAGUGAAAAUGUUAUCCGAAUGCAUACUGAUUUCAUCGAAAGGCGAGGUGUUGGUUGAUAAACAAUUCAGACAAGAUGUGUGCAAGUCGUCUAGUGGCGGAUUCAUUGCAAAAGUCAAGGGAGACAGUGCAGCAAGGAUACCCCCUCACUUUAUGGAAGGGGAUAUCCAUUACUAUUAUAUCAAAAGAAGUGGAGUAUACUUUGUGGCUACAACAAAGGGCACUGAAGUAUCUUCUAUAUUAGUAAUUGAAAUUCUUUCAAGGGUGUAUCAUCUUUGCAAAGAUUUCUGCGGUGUCAUAAACACUGAUACAAUCAAAGCUAACAUGGUGCUUAUCUAUGAAUUGCUGGGGGAAGUUCUAGAUUUUGGCUAUGCUCAACUGAUGUCUGCCAGUAAGUUGAAGCCAUAUGUACAAAGUGAACCUGUGCUGGUAAAAUCUGAAGGAACACAAGAUGUUAUGGUGCCAGGUUUGUUUGGUCUUGAACGCAGAGUAGCACCCAGCCAUGCAGCAGAUAAACCAGUCAUAAGGAGCAGACAAGAUCAGGAAAAGAGAAACAAUGAAAUAUUUGUGGAUAUAGUGGAAAGGGUGACAGCUGUGGUUGAUGCUGAUGGCUCCCUGUCUAGAGCUGAGGUCAGUGGUCAAGUUAACAUGAAAAGUUUCUUAGCAGGUGCUCCAGUGAUCAAGAUGGGUUUAUCUGAAGAUCUGACAAUAACAAAGGGAAAGCAGAAAGGUUAUAACAAAGUUCAGAUGGAUGAUUGCAGCUUUCAUCCAAGUAUAGACCUCAAGGAAUUUGAUAACAAUCGAGUGCUAGGAAUCAAGCCCACAGAAGGAGAGCUUGUGGUAAUGACUUAUCACAUUGGUGGAGAAAACCUGAUAAAUUUACCAUUCAGACUUACCCAUCGCAUUGAAUUCUCAAGCACUAGGAAUCUUGAGCUACAUCUAAAGCUACGCUGCGAGCUUGCCCCGUCAGCCCACGCUGUUAAUGUAGGACUAAAAAUUCAUGUGCCACGGGAGACAGGAAGAAUCACUCAACAGUUCAGUUGCCCAGGUCAGUCAGCCAUACUUAAACAAGAGGAAAAAUGCAUGCUUUGGCAAAUUAAAAGGAUUGAAGGGGGUUCAGAGGCUGCAUCAAGAUUUAUGUUAAUUUCCCAAGACAAGAAAUUGCUGAACAGUGAAGAGGUUGGCCCAGCGACACUUGACUUUGAGUUAUCCAAUCAUGUUUGCUCAGGCCUUAAAGUGCGAUUCCUUCGAGUGUUUGAACGCGAGCAUUCCUAUCUGCCUCAGAGAUGGAUUCGAUACAUCACAGUCCCAGAUAACUAUCUGUUUAAACUCGCUACAACAGAAUGAUUGCAAGACUCUUUUAACUAAAAAGUUCCAGUGAACUGUCAUGUUGUACUCCAAUUGUAAAAGACUAAUGGCAAGAUAAGCUUAGCCUUGUCUUUCUUUGAUACAAAUGGUGGGAAAUGCUAGAAUUUGUAUGGUGCUUCUGACAAACUUAAGAAUUACAAUUGGAAGCUAAUUACCCAUUUUGCUUUAUAAAUUGUUAUAUAAAAAGGUAAAACACAAGAAAGAAGGCAUAAAAGAGCAGUAGAUAUGAACUUCAAUUACCUUACUACUUUUGAUUACAUUAAAAUGAAAAAAAUUGAUUUUAAUUCUUGAAUUGGUCAAACUUUUAGUGUCU